AUGAGAGAAAUUGUUACUAGUGAAACUCCAAAGAAGAUUAGUGGUAUUCAAUUCAGUGCACUUAGUGCAGCUGAUAUUGUUGCUCAAUCUGAAGUUGAAAUAUCAUCUCGUGAUUUAUUUGAUUUAGAAAAAGGACGUGAACAAAAGAAAGGUGGUGCUUUAGAUCCAAAAAUGGGUGUUUCUUCAUCAAGUUUAGAAUGUUCAACAUGUCAUGGUAAUUUAGCUUCUUGUCAUGGUCAUUUUGGUCAUAUUAAAUUAGCUUUACCUGUUUUUCAUGUAGGUUAUUUUAAAGCAACAAUUCAAAUUUUACAAGGUAUUUGUAAAAAUUGUUCUUCUAUUUUACUUUCUGAUAAAGAUAAAAGACAAUUUUUAAAUGAAUUAAGACGUCCAGGUGUUGAUAAUUUAAGAAGAAUGGCUAUAUUAAAAAAAGUAUUAGAUCAAUGUAAAAAACAAAGAAGAUGUUUACAUUGUGGUUCAUUAAAUGGUGUUGUUAAGAAAGCCGCAGCAGGUUCAGGAUCUGCUGCUUUAAAAAUUAUUCAUGACACAUUUAGAUGGGUUGGUAAAAAAUCAGCUCCAGAGAAAGAUCAAUGGAUUGGUGAUUGGGAUGAAGUUUUGUCUCAUCAUCCAGAAUUAGAACGUUUUAUGAAACGUUGUUCAGAUGAUUUGAAUCCGUUAAAGACUUUAACCUUAUUUAAACAAGUAAAAUCUGAAGACUGUGAAUUAUUAGGUAUUGAUGCAACAGUUAAAUCUGGUAGACCAGAAACUUAUAUUUGGAGAUAUUUACCAGCACCACCCGUUUGUAUUAGACCAUCUGUUAUGAUGCAAGAUUCACCAGGUUCUAAUGAAGAUGAUUUAACUGUCAAAUUAACAGAAAUUGUUUGGACAUCUUCUUUAAUUAAAGCAGGUUUAGAAAAAGGUAUUUCAAUUAAUAAUAUGAUGGAACAUUGGGAUUAUUUACAAUUAACUGUUGCUAUGUACAUUAAUUCAGAUUCUGUUAAUCCAGCAAUGAUGCCGGGGGCUUCAAGUGGUGGUAGUAAAGUUAAACCAAUUAGAGGGUUUUGUCAACGUUUAAAAGGUAAACAAGGUAGAUUUAGAGGUAAUUUAUCUGGUAAACGUGUAGAUUUUUCAGGUAGAACAGUUAUUUCCCCAGAUCCAAAUUUAUCAAUUGAUGAAGUUGCUGUUCCAGAUAGAGUAGCAAAAGUAUUAACAUUCCCAGAAAAAGUGACCAUGUAUAAUAAGAGAAGAUUACAACAAUUAAUAUUAAAUGGUCCAAAUGUUCAUCCAGGUGCUAAUUAUUUAUUGAAAAAAGAUGAAGAAGCAAGAAGAAAUCUACGUUACGGUGAUCGUUUAAAAUUAGCCAAAAAUUUAAGAUAUGGUGAUAUUGUUGAAAGACAUUUGGAAGAUGGUGAUGUGGUCCUAUUCAAUAGACAACCUUCAUUACAUAGACUGUCUAUCUUGUCACAUUAUGCAAAGAUUCGUCCUUGGAGAACUUUUAGAUUGAAUGAAUGUGUAUGUACUCCAUAUAAUGCAGAUUUUGAUGGUGAUGAAAUGAAUUUACACGUUCCGCAAACUGAAGAAGCAAGAGCAGAAGCUAUUAAUUUGAUGGGUGUUAAAAACAAUUUAUUGACUCCAAAGUCUGGUGAACCUAUCAUCGCAGCUACACAAGAUUUCAUUACUGGGUCAUAUUUGAUUUCUCAUAAGGAUUCAUUUUUCAAUAGAGCUUCUUUGACUCAGUUAUUGUCUAUGAUGUCUGAUGGUAAUAUGCAAUUCGAUAUUCCACCACCAGCUAUUAUGAAACCACAUUAUUUAUGGACUGGUAAACAAGUCUUUUCGUUACUGAUUAGACCGAGUCAUAAAUCACCUGUUGUUAUUAAUCUUGACGCUAAAAAUAAAGUCUUUAUCCCUCCAAAACACCAAGAUUUACCAAAUGAAAUGUCUCAAAAUGAUGGAUUUGUCAUUAUUAGAGGUUCCAAUAUUUUAAGUGGUGUAAUGGAUAAAUCUGUUUUAGGUGAUGGUAAGAAGCAUUCUGUUUUCUAUACAAUUCUUCGUGACUAUGGUCCACAAGAGGCUGCCGAAGCAAUGAAUAGAAUGUCGAAAUUAUGUGCAAGAUAUUUAGGGAAUAGAGGUUUCUCUAUUGGUAUUAACGAUGUUACACCAGCCGAUGAUUUGAAACAGAAAAAAGAGGAAUUGGUUGAGAUUGCAUAUGCAAAGUGUGAUGAAUUAAUUGAUUUGUAUAAUAAAGGGAAAUUAGAAACCCAACCAGGUUGUAAUGAAGAACAAACAUUAGAAGCUAAGAUUGGUGGUCUAUUAUCAAAAGUUAGAGAAGAAGUUGGUGAUGUCUGUAUUAACGAAUUAGAUAACCUAAAUGCCCCACUUAUUAUGGCAACAUGUGGUUCUAAGGGUUCUACACUUAAUGUGUCUCAAAUGGUUGCUGUUGUCGGUCAACAAAUUAUAUCUGGUAAUCGUGUUCCUGAUGGUUUCCAAGAUCGUUCUUUACCUCAUUUUCAAAAGAAUUCUAAAACUCCACAAUCCAAGGGUUUCGUUAGAAACUCGUUUUAUUCUGGUUUAUCCCCUCCAGAAUUUUUAUUCCAUGCCAUCUCAGGUCGUGAAGGUUUGGUUGAUACUGCUGUUAAAACUGCUGAAACUGGUUACAUGUCUCGUAGAUUGAUGAAAUCCUUAGAAGAUUUAUCGUGUCAAUAUGAUAACACCGUUAGAACAUCAUCAAAUGGUAUUGUUCAAUUUACAUAUGGUGGUGAUGGUUUAGAUCCAUUGGAAAUGGAAGGUAAUGCAAAACCUGUUAAUUUCGUUAGAUCAUGGGAUCAUGCUCUAAAUAUCUCAUUUAAUGAAGAAGAAGUUGGUUUAUUACCAUACCAGAUUAGACAGGUUACUGAUAGUGUAUUACGUCCUCUUGAAAGUAGAUUGAUUAGAUAUGAUAAUAUCGGUAAAUUAGUUUCCAAGGAGAAAGAAGAUGACGAUGCUUUUGUGGAUCAAAAUGAUGCCGAGAGAAAUUUCUAUACAUCAAUUAGAGAUUUUAUGGAAGAAAAAUCUAUCUCACUUGCUAGGGUAAGAAAAACAAGAGGUAUGUUAGAAAUGUUGGCUGCGCCUGCUAUUGAGAUGCAGAAUAUGGAUCCAGAUGAAACUGUUCCUUCAACAAUUAAAGAUUCCGUUGAUCAAUUAUUCAAAAUUACAGAGUCAUCCGUUAAGGCAUUCUUAGAUAUUGCAUUAUUAAAAUACCGUAAAGCAAGAGUUGAACCUGGUACCGCUGUUGGUGCUAUUGGUGCUCAAUCUAUUGGUGAACCUGGUACUCAAAUGACAUUGAAAACUUUCCAUUUUGCUGGUGUUGCUUCUAUGAAUGUUACCUUAGGUGUUCCUCGUAUUAAGGAAAUUAUCAAUGCAUCAAAAGUCAUUUCUACUCCAAUCAUUAAUGCAGUUUUGGUCAAUAAAGAUGAUGAAAGAGCCGCAAGAGUGGUUAAAGGGAGAGUUGAAAAAACAUUGCUGUCUGAUAUUGCUUUUUACAUCGAAGAUGUUUACAUCAAUAAUCAGGCAUAUCUUCAAAUUCGUAUUGAUAUGGGCACUAUUGAAAAACUACAACUGGAACUUACAUUAGAAGAUAUUGUUGUCGCUGUUGCUCGUGCCCCAAAACUAAAAAUUCAGCAUUCAAGUAUUGAAGUACAAUUUCCUGAUAAGGUUCGUGUUAAAGUGGAUUCUGAAAGCGGGAAACCAAAAACAACCUCAACAUCACUUAAGGAGCCAUUGGAAAAUGCCUUGUUUUACAGAAUGCAACAACUUCGCCGUGCUUUGCCUGAGAUUGUUGUUAAAGGUUUGCCUGAGAUUGCUAGAGCUGUUAUUAAUAUCCGUGAUGAUGGUAAAAGAGAAUUACUUGUUGAAGGUUAUGGUCUACGUGAUGUAAUGUGCACUGAUGGUGUCAUCGGUUCUAAGACUACUACAAAUCAUGUCUUGGAAGUCAACAGUGUUCUAGGUAUUGAGGCUGCUAGAUCAAGUAUUAUUGGAGAAAUUGAUUAUACUAUGAGUAAUCACGGUAUGAGUGUUGAUCCUCGUCAUAUUCAAUUACUGGGUGAUGUUAUGACAUACAAGGGUGAGGUACUAGGUAUUACAAGAUUUGGUUUAAGUAAAAUGAGGGACUCUGUUCUUCAGCUAGCGUCCUUUGAAAAGACAACGGACCAUUUGUUUGAUGCUGCAUUCUAUAUGAAACGUGAUGCAGUAGAGGGUGUUUCCGAAUGUAUCAUUUUAGGUCAAACAAUGUCUAUUGGUACGGGUUCUUUCAAAGUCAUUAAGAGUACAGAUGUUUCAAAACAAGAUCUUAUUCCAAAACCAACUCUUUUCGAGUCAUUAUCUAAUGGAACCGUCCUUAAGGUUCACUAA